AUGGCGCAGGAGCAAUACAACAAGCAAACCAGCAGAAAAGAGGAAUUGAGAGCUAAGGAAACGGACGUCCCUGAGGGUCAUGUACGGGUCUACGUAGGGAAAGACAUCCAAUGCAAAUUCGAAUUGGAGGCCAAUUUCCCGAACCAUCCACUCUUUUAGAGCCUGGCUCGUCUCUCUGAGCAAGAAUUUGGUUAUUCAUACGAUGGUGCCCUCAGGUUAGCCUGCGAGACCGAUCUGUUCCUCUACCUCGUUAAUCUACUCAAGACCAGUAAUCCCUCUGCCCACUACAUGGAUCUCGCGGACUUCAUUUCUAAGUUUUAUGCUUCCGAUGCUACUAAUGCUCGCCGAUCAUACCCCGUCUUCUUCUUUACGGAUUUGUUUUCUGUUUUUGUUGGGUUUUAUCUUUUCGAAAAUGAUUCUUUUCCCCAGACGAAGUCCUGAGAUUGUGAUGGACUUCUUGUAUAUAUCGCUUUGGGGUCAUUUUUUCCCCCUAUGUUCGGCUGACAAUGUGAAGGAUCCACAUCAGUUACUAAAACUCAUUUUCUGUUUCUUUUUAUCUUCUUUCUAUCUGUUUUAACAUAUAUUCUUAUCUUGUAAUUCUAUUUGGGGAAAAAUUUUAUAUUCAAAAGAUAAGGUCGUGGGAUUAAAGUGUUCUAGUUCUUGAGAAUAAUACCUGGACGAGAAAGUUCGUGAACUGAGCUGGGUAACUAUCAAGUGAGGAACAUAAAAUAUAUAUGAUAUAACAGUUGUAAUGUAUUAGGACGCUAUCAAUCUCGAACUGAGCAAACGUAUUAUCAAU